AUGUACGGCAGGGUAGCGCAGGUGUACCUGAUCUGUGAGCUGGUGACGGGGGGCGAGCUGCUUGAGGCAGUCAUACGGCGCGGCUACUACAGCGAGGCCGAGGCGCGGCUGUGCUUCCAGCAGCUGCUGAGGGGCAUCGACUACCUCCACAGCAGGAAUGUGGUGCACCGCGAUCUGAAGCUGGAGAACCUACUGCUGGCUGCACCUGAUGACAUCACCAAGGUCAAGAUCGCAGACUUUGGGCUGGCCAAGCGGUCCGCGGCGGGCGCGAUGUCCACCGUCUGUGGCACGCCGCAGUAUGUGGCCCCGGAGGUCAUCCAAGGCACUCCUGGUCUGAUGUACGGCCCGCAGGGCUGA